AUGCCUCCCAAGUUUACAACCGGUCGACCCAACCAACCAGUCGCAGCUAUGUCUGAGACAGAAAAGAUGUUAUCUGGUAAACCUUACCUGGCUAUGGCGGAUGCCCAACUAGUGAAAGCUCGACUACGAGCUAGGGUAUUGAUGCAAAAAUACAACUCGUAUCCAUGGCCAACAUACGAAGCGGACCAUCCAAAUCCAGACUAUUUUGGCCCAGACGACCGUCAAUCGAUCUUGGCUGAACUGUUCAACAUACAACUGGACGAUGUCAAGCAUAAACCGAUCGAGAUCGAACCUCCUUUCUAUUGCGAUUAUGGCACCAACAUUAAUUUCAAAGGACCAUUUUAUUGCAACUUCAACUGUCACAUCUUAGAUUGUGCUACUGUAACCUUCGGCAGCCGAGUGAUUUGCGGUCCCAACGUUCAAAUCUAUGCCGGAACACAUUCAACAGAUGUUGGCGAACGGCAAAAGGGCCUCGAGAGGGCGUACCCAGUAACUGUUGGUGAUGAUGUGUGGAUUGGAGGUGGUGCAAUUUUGAUCGGCCCAUGCACUAUUGGAAAUGGUACUACAAUUGCUGCUGGCGCAGUGGUUAGAGGUGAUGUACCUGCGAACGUUGUCGUCGGUGGUGUCCCAGCUCGGAUCAUCAAACAUUUGAAUUCCUCAAAGUCUGAUCACGAAUCCAGUACUGAUCACAAGCCACCAAUGACGAAAUCAUCAGUAUCCAAUGCCAACCAAUCGAGCCAUUCAAAGUCGAUCACCAGAUCACCCGGGGCAAAAAAUAUUAAUUCUGCAACCGAUGAUGGCCAGGCGAGCGCACAUUCAGAGGAGACUAGCGAUCCAUUUGCGGAGUGUUUUCUAGCAAACAUUCCCAGCGCACUCUCCAACGCCGAUCUGCAUACCGCGCUUAGUGUUUUCGGGGAGGUGCGAAGCCUGACCAUGGACCGAAGCCGGCGCCUGGGGUUCGUACGUUUUAGUAGUGCACAAGCAGCGGAGGAGGCUGUAGAGGCCGGACGAGGCCCGGACGGGUUCGUGGUAAUGAUGAAUCAGGAUACGAAUGAGAAAAUGGUUGUGGGAAUCGAACGUCGGCGGAUGUCGGAUUCGAACAGGACGUUCAACCCUGACCUGAUUACCUCGACCCGCUGCCUGAUUCGUCGGCUGCCGAACACGAUCGAUUUCGAUGAGCUGAAGCGAACGAUAGAGGAGAACGCCGGGACACUGGUCGAAUGGACUGUCCAGGACUUCACGUCACCCGAUCCCACGAAGCCAUCGGUCGACAAAUUUAUCUCCCUGGAAUUCGAGCAACUCUGUGGGGCAAGAGAAGCGGUCAGAUUGAGUCAGAACGUGAAUGGGACACUGGGAGGAAUCGAUGUGCCCGGAACGGACGGAAUCAAAGCAAGAGUCGAGGCCCGGAAACAAUUCUCUCCUCAGUCUGCAUAUCGAUCCAAUUAUCGCGGUCACCCGUCUUCCUUCCAUCACAACACAGGCUACCAUCAAAGCUAUUCAAGCCAUCAGUCAUCGCAGCAUCCCCGCAGUACCCGAGGAUCCUACGGUGGUUACCAUUCCCGAGGCGGGAGUCCUGGCCAUCAUUACGCCGCCGGAGGCCCGGGGAGCUAUAGUAAACCAUUCAAUGGGAGCUUUACGAAAUACAAGCCUCGACGAGGUACAUCUGCAGGCAUGAAUGGGUCCGAAUCAUAA